AUGGCUAUACUUGAGGAUGGAACAUCAUCUCAUGACUUCCUGAAAGAGAAGUUAAGAAAUUGCAUCUCUUCUGGGAAACAAGAUCCAUUCUUAGUGGCUGAUCUGGGACAGGUGGUUCACAAGCACAGACUUUUAAUGCAGGAGUUACCCCGUGUUAAGCCUUUCUAUGCAGUAAAAUGUAACAAUAGCAAAGAAGUGCUUUGGACACUGGCAGCUCUGGGUACUAGAUUUGAUUGUGCCAGCAAGAGUGAGAUAGACCUGGUGCUAAGUAUCGGAGUACAAGCUGAUGAUAUUAUCUAUGCCAAUCCGUGUAAACAGGUUUCAUAUAUCCAACAUGCUGCCAGGCACGGAGUGCGCAAAAUGACCUUUGACUGUGAGUCUGAGCUGGUAAAAAUGGCAGAGUAUUAUCCGAAGGCUGAGAUGAUUCUCCGUAUUAAUGUUGAUGACUCUGGAGCUAUGUGCCCCUUCAGCAGGAAAUUUGGAGCCUCAUUGAUAAGUUGUGAGCAUCUUCUGGAGACCGCAAAUAAUCUUAAUCUAGAUGUUAUUGGAGUGAGCUUUCAUAUAGGAUCAUCAGCCAGGAAUCCCCAAGCAUUUGGCCAGGCCAUUAAGGAUGGCAGAAAUGUGUUUGAUAUUGGAAACAAGUUGGGCCACAAGAUGAGACUCUUGGAUAUUGGAGGGGGGCUACCUGGAAACCCUUCUUUUCAACCCUCAUUUGAAGAGUUUGCAGUGGUGAUAAAUAAAGCUUUGGAUCAGUAUUUUCCAAUGGAGAACGGCCUAGAGAUCAUUGCAGAGCCAGGAAGAUAUUAUGUGACCUCUGCUGGCACACUUGCCCUCAAUAUUGUAACUAAGAAAGUGGUGAAUGAGAAAGGGGAAGAUGGGAAAAUAAAAAAGAAUAUCUCCUACUACAUGAAUGAUGGAAUAUUUGUAUCCUUCUUGGAAAGCAUUUUGCAUAAAAUUCUACUUGAUCCUACUUCAUUUCUGCACCUGGAAGAGAAACUAUAUGGACCUGCUGCCCCUAUGCAGCCUUGGUAUCGCAGCAUACUAUGGGGGGCUUCCUGUGACGAGGAAGACAUCAUUAUGGAUGAAGUAUACCUACCAGAGUUGGAUGUUGGUGAUUGGAUAAUAUUCCCUAACAUGGGAGCUUAUUCGGUGACACUCUACAGCUCAUACUGUGGCUUUCCAAAGCUUCCUGUGUAUUACGUCAUCUCUAAGGAACAUUGGUGCAUCCUCUGCAAUUCAAAUGUUAUCCUUUGAGGCUUUGUUGAAAAAUCAAGAUAUAGUAGAAAACAGUUUUAAGUGAUUUAUUACUUGUUUUUUAUGUCAAUGUUUAAAACAUGUGGCUGUCGUUUA